GUAUCCUUCAAAGUGAAAGCAAGGCUGCAUGUUUUGCGCAAGGAGAAGACAAAGAAAGGAGGGCCCAAAUUGAUCCUUGCACUAAUUUUUGAAAGUUCUUCGUGGUGCUCAGCUUGCUAGCGGCCCUUUCUAUUGCGCUGAAGGCAUCAGGCAGUGGCAGCUGGUUGCCUGGUUUUACGUCGGCGGCCAGAACUGAGGGCCCGCUAGCGCAGUUGAGACACAAUGGCAGCCACCAGCAUUGCGAUGAGGGCGCAGCUCCUACAUGCGCCUCUGCAAACGCACGCACUUUCAAGGUGCUCCCGGCACAGCGUGUUGCCAAACCAUGCGGGUUUGCGCGCGUUGCCGCUCAAGCGUCAGCCUCAGCACUCCUCACAAACCUCAUUGUCAAGGACGGUCCUUGUCAAGGCUUCCCUUGAGAACCAGCCCCCUGCUGAGCCUCUAGUAGGGCUUCCUCAGCUGCCGAUUCUGAAGAAGGCCCAGUCUGUUGUCACCCAGGCCCUAUUUUCUGGGAAUAGAGAGUCAACUGCACUCACAUCGCGGGGUGCCCUGGAGUACGCACGGAGGUUGCAGGAGGAUGGCAGCAAGCGAGUGUUGGGAUACUGGCUGGCGUUCGGGGCCCUUGUCACCGGGGGUGCUCUUGCAUUCGAGUUGGUCAUCCGGCAAGCAGAUGUGCUUCCCCCAGGUCUUGGAGGCCUCGGGUUUGCCGCGUUGGUUGCUGUCCCCGCCGGUUUCAGCUACCUUCAGCUACAGUUUAGCAAGAACCAGCAAGGUGGAGUUGGAGCCAGCGUUGCGCAGAGAAUGGGUGCUCGAAGAGUCACUGAGCGGGAGUACCCCACCUUGGUCAAGGCAGUCAGGGACGUUGCUGAGAUCGCCGAGAUUGCUAUGCCAGCGGUUUACGUCAUCCCGACCGACGAGAUGAACGCCUUUGCGGCGGGCUUCGACCCUAAGAAGGACGCGGUGGUUGCCGCGACUGAGGGCAUUAUCAAGCGGUUGGAGCCCGAUGAACUGAAGGCGGUGAUUGGGCACGAGAUCGGGCAUAUCGUGCACGGCGACAUGGUCAGCGGCACCCACCUGGGCACGCUCCUCUCCGGCUUCUACGCUGUGUACCAGAUCGGCAUGCGGUUGGUGGAGAACGAACGCCAGGAGGCCCGGCGGGCCGCCUACUACCAGCGCUACUCGGGCCAGAAGGCGCAGCCGCAGCAGACGCAGCGCGGGCGCCAGCUGCAGGCGGUCGCCAUUCCCCUGCUGGCGGUCGGCUUCGUGACGUACGCGCUGGGCAACCUGCUCCAGCUGUCCGCGUCUCGGACGCGCGAGUUUGCCGCGGACGCGCACGGGACGGCCAUUGCGGGGGCGUCCAACAUGAAGGGCGCGCUCGAGAAGCUGGAAAGGUUCAAGGACGACGUUCAGAAGCAGCCGGUCUUCCGUCCGUACCGCACGAACCGCAACUUCCAGCACCUGUUCUUCCACGUGGAGGCCGGGGCGGAUGCCCCCGCCCUAGGGCCCGGCAACAUUCUGAAGGGCUUGGCUGCGUUCCUGUCCACUCACCCGCCGCUGGAGAAGAGGCUCGCCAACAUCGACAAAGUCGCUGCGGAGAUCACGGAUCUUGAGAGGAGGUUGAACUGAGUUUACCACUGUUGGAUAGAGAACUGAGUUGACCACCCUUGAAUGAGGAUAAGGAGAUGUGGGUUCGGCAAAAAGUGCCGUUACCAUGCGGUUGAGUUGUGAUUGGAGUUGCACACCGCUCAGACGACCUGUACAGACUUGGAGCUUGCGGCUAGUUAUACAUACAUUUUGCCUAGAUAGGACAUUUUCAGAUAGUCACGAGCUUUCGCACGCGCUGGAUGCAAAAUUUUGUACCAUUCCUGCCACCUCUUGCGAUUCGCAUAUCUCGAUCUGUAAUGUGACACAUUCUGUCCAAUUUGAUGCUGAAGUCUUGAAAACAUGCGA